UUGCGCAGUUUUCUCUCAAAAUAUGUUUUACAUUACUUGUUGAACAUCAAGAAAUGUCUUUGUAAAUUUGGAAUAUGGAACGUUUCAAGAUGUAUAACUUGCAUUUCUUUCAGUUGAUUUUACUACUUAUUUUUGAUAGUGUUAAUGGUAACAUGGAAUGUGAUUGUAACACUAUAGCUGCUAUACAGGAAGUAAUGCAAAAAGAGUUCUUUCAAAUUAAGCUUGAAAAUUCUAAGAUGGCGUCACGCCUGCGAAGGUUGGAGGCUUCAAGCAAACAGUCUAAGACGAUGAAUCAUCAACAUUUAGAAACAGUUUCCGACAUGACAAAAGACCUAGAUAGCAGUCAUGACAAAACAAGAAAUGAUAUUAAAAGAAUAGAGACUAUCGAAUCAACAUUGGCAAGAAUAGUACCACAGUUUGAAUUUUAUAUUGAAAACAAGACGGAUGAUAUAAAACAGAGAAUACACGGACAACGCAUAGAUAAAGUUGAGUCUGAACUCGCUUUAGUAUCUAACAAAACAGACAGUCUACUUGACAUGAACGAUGGCGGUGAAAACGCGAUGGUACAGUUAAAAAGGACUAUAAGAAAGGCAUUCCACGGAGAAAAAAUAAAAGGAUUGAAUUUCAAACUUAAAAUAAAUGAAAAAGUAAAGAAUAUUGAAAAGUAUUGUGUAAACUUUACAAUAUCAUCUGGACAACUUAUCGACGAGUUCAAGAAAGAAGUUGCUAUUGAAACCAAAGAAUUUGCAGCCGAGAUGAAUCAAAAAGAAAUAAACAUUAACAAUACAAUAAAUGACAUUAAAUUUGAUGCGAUUUCACGCUUUGAUGAUUUAGAAAAUGCAUUGUCUAAGACAAAGAAAACACUUUCAAAUCUGGAAGAUAUUAUAUUAAAGGACAGGACAGAUGGAGGAUGGAGUAGUUGGGGUAGUUUUGGCUCGUGUAGUGACACUUGUGGUAGAGGAGUAAUGAUAAGAUCUAGAACAUGCUCACAACCCAAGCCAUCUCUCAGAGGAAAACAUUGUGAAGGUUCUCCAAUACAAAUAGCAGUCUGUAACACGAACACAUGUCCAGAAAUGAGAAUAUUUUUUACAGCAACUGGUAUAACUGGAAGUGACACUGCAAUAUUUCCAAAAAGUAUUCAAAAUUACGGCAACGGAUAUGACAAAUCUACGGGACACUUCAAAUGUAAAUAUCCAGGAAUAUACAUGUUCUCUUUUCAAAUUUCAAAACCAAUGUCUUAUACAGGUUUCAUGUAUUGUAAAAUUUAUCUUAAUGAUUUACAUAUAGUAGGGGCGGUAGGGAAUCCGGAUAGUGAUGUCGAUAUUGGUUUUUCUAUCAGUGUGUCCGGAACGUUUCAUUUAAAUACAAAUGAUGAGGUAUAUGUCAGUGGUUGUGUUGGAAUCGCUAAAGCUUAUAACGACUACGAUUCGUCAUUUACUGGGGUACUCAUAGUUCCAGAUAAUAUCUAGAAAUAUGAUAUUUUUUUAAAACAAAUGAGGACACUGGAUUGCAUAUGUAAUGACAUAUGAUCACAUUUAACAUAUUCAAUUUAAUUACAUGUAUGACAAACAGUUAACACUUGACACAUGUUGCGUCUGACAGUAAAUGGAAAUGAACACUUUUCAACCGUAUAUCAUUUUUAGGAUAAUGGGUACAAGCCAACUUAUAAAAGAUCUAGAGGUUUUUGACACACACAAAAAAACAUAUUGUCUCCCAAAAACUAUAUAUGAUCACUCAUGUGAAGUUUAGUUGAAAUCCCACCAAUAGCUUGACCUGUGAAAGCCGGACAAAAUUUUAUGACGCCUUGAAAAGGCGACGUUUAGGGGUUACUUUUGACGGCGGCGUCGGUGUCGGCGUUGGCUUCCCCUAAGGCUUUACCGGAGCAUAAUUCUGUCACUAUAAGGCGGAUUGACUCCAAACUUCGUAUUUAUGCCUCUUUAAAUAACCCAAAGUAUUCUGCACUUCUUAAUUUUGAGUUAUUGCCCUUUGUUAAUUUUUAUACUUUAAUUUUGUCCGGGCCAUUUCUCCUAAUCUAUAAAAGCUAUGGACUUGAAACUUCAUAGGAUGAUAUAUCUCAUUAAAAAGAAGUGCAAUGCAGAAGAACCGCCGGUACUCUGCACUUCUUGUUUUUUUUUAGUAAUUUCCCUUUGUUAAUUUUCAUAUUUUAUUUUUGGCUAGGCCAUUUCUCAUAAAUAAUAAAAGAUAUGGAAUUGAAACUUAAUCGGAUGACACUGAUCACUCCUGUAAAGUUUGGUUGAAAUCCCAACAGUAGUUUGACCUGUGAAGGCCAGACAAUAUUUUUCUAUUUUUAGCUCUAAUGCCCGUUUUGUGCAGCGAAAACUGCCGAUUAUGUGCACAACUAGGGAUGGUACUGAUCACUCCUGUAAAGUGUGGUUGAAAUCCCACCUUUAGUUUGACCUGUGAAGGCCACACAAAUUUCUUUUUGAUUUUUUAGCUCUGACGGUCAUAGUGUGCAGCGAAGCAUAACAUGCCGGUAAUAGGCACUACUAGGGAUAGUACUUAUCACUCCUGUAAAGUUUGGAUGAAAUCCCACUAGUUGUUUGACGUGUGAAGGCCGGAGAAGAUUUCUAUUUAUAACUCUGGCGGCCAUUUUGUGCAGCGAAGCGGAGAGUGUCGGUGAUGUGCACAACUAGGGAUAAUACUGAUCACUCCUGUAAAAUUCGGUUGAAAUCCUACCAGUUGUUUGACCUGUGAAGGCCGGACAAGCUUACUUCGGACUGACGGACAAUCGGACGGAUGGACGGACGUGUCAACAUUUGGGGUUUAUGUACUUUUUUAUCUCUAUCUGGCACUUUAACCCAUAAACAAGUAAAAUACCAUAUCAACUUGUCAGUUUAUGGGAUUUUUUCCUUAUUUUAACUAAAAUUAUGGACGGCAUGAAGCUUAUAAUCCAUUGGAUGUUCGCCCGGACAGACUGACGGCGAAGGCAAAAACAAUAUGUCUACCAAAAAUUUUGGGAGUCAUAAUUACAUAAUGCAAACAUCAUUAUGUAAAUUACAGAUUCGAACAACGUACUACAUGUCAAAAAUACAUCAGUUACUAUAUAUAUGAAAUACGCAUUCAAAUAAUGCAUUUAAAUGUACAAUUGCCAGGGAAAAACAUGAAAACGUAUGACGUUUGUGAUUAGCACAUUUAAGCCAUAUGCAUGUACUAUACGUGUAAGAGGAAAGCGGAUAAUUGUGAAAAUAAGGCAUAAAUCAAGUCAUUAUUUGUUUUGUUUUUAUUGAUGACACCGGAUCUUGAUUUAGUGAAACGCUUUAUGCUUUAUUCAUCAUGACAAUCUGUUUUGAAGAAUUUCACAUUAGCCAGGUAUAAAAACUACACCUCAUCAAUCACCUCACAAUAAUUGUAAGAUAAUAUAUGAUAACCAACGAUAACCAACGAAAGAAUUUGUUAAUAUUUGAAAAUAUUUUAUUGUUAAUUUAUUAUAACUUUCAUAACAUACGCUUAUUAUUUGUGCUUUAAUUGUCAUUGGUCACCUUUGAUAACAUAUGAUUACAGGAGAUAAAUAAUGUAUAUUGAAUAUUGAUGACGUAUAAAACAUCUUGAUAAACGCUUAUAUUUUAUUACAUAUGUUCAUUUUGAUAGCAUUUGAUAACAUGGGGUAAGAUUUGAUGACACCACACUGUUACGUUAAAAACUUCAGGAUACUUAGCAUUUUGUUAAAAUGGCUACCUUGAAAUUUCAAAAUAAUGUGACUGUGUAACUAUUUAAGAUUUAACUCUACGUUUUUCAGAAAUAUAUUGAAAAUUGUAUAAUUAUUAUGGUAGACAUCAGAAAGCGAAGAUAACUGUUACAUGACAUUUAAACUAACAAAUAUAAUGUCAUCUCCCUUUCAUACGCUAUUCAUACACUUCAAUAGUCAUUAAUUCAAAUAGUUACACUUUGUUUUAUUAUUAUUAUUCUUCUUCUUAUUAUUAUUAUUAUUAUUAUUUUAACUAUUAUUAUAAAACGCUUGUCAUUAAAUGAUCUGCAAAAAAAUAACAAAACAAUAAAUGAGCAUCUGAUUCAGAACCAAAUAAAAACAUUGGAUUUCUUGACUUUGACCACACAAUAUGAAUUUGUUCACGCUAAAUCUUAUUAAAAGUAUAAAGAUAUGUAAUAAAAGUGCUAAUUUUUGUAACAUCUUUCAAACAUAGUUCUUCAGAUGCAAAAUAAGGGUUGUUUUGUUCUUUGCAAUAUGUAAAGAUAUUAUAAUUCCAUCUAAAAUUUAAACAUUUAUAUUGUAUUGUAUUUCAUGUUAUUUUCAUAUAAUUAUUAACCUUUUGGUAAUAAAAGCGUUGUGUAAAAGUUAUUGAAGUUUUGUCACCCUGUUGAUCAUUUACUAAUAUAUAAAUUUCUGGAUGAGAUUAAUUUUUCUUUAAGCGGAAUACACAAAAAGAAGUAUAAAUUGUUAUAUAUGUGAUUUCCUUUAUUUAUAACAUUACUUAUUUGUGAUUUGUUUUUUAAGAUAUAUCAAUUUAAAGUUAAAUUUUAUAAACUGCCCUUUUUUUCAAAAUAAUGUAUAAUAAUGUUUUGUACCAUCUUGCAUUGACCAAUUCAAUUAUGAAAACUGAACAUGUGAUAUUAUUUGAAUUGAAUAAAGUUAAGAUGGCACGUAGGGCACAAAAUGGGCGCAAUUUAAUAGAACACUUGCCAUUUGUUACUCGUGUAACACUAAGUAACUCCUAUAUAACGCAUGUAAAUUCAGUAACAUUUGUAACACGUUUGCUUGAAUUUGUUCCCUUACAUAUUGACACAAUUUUGUGCCUUAAUUUUUCAUAUUAAUCCAUACUCUCGUAACACUUGUAACAAUGCUGUAACAACUAUGUAACAACAUUGUAACAUCUGUAACCUUAUGAAUUCCGAUUUCUGACCAUUUUAAAGGCUUGUGCUGUAACACUUGUAACAACCUGUAACAUUUGUAACAAUAAUGUGUGGAAAUAUCUUUUCACUCCGAAUUCUCGUUACAUUUGUAACAAUGCUGUAACAACUAUGUAGCAACCUUGUAACAUAAAUGUAACCCUAUUUAUUGUGUUUGACCAUUUUAAAGGCUUGAGCUGUAACACUUGUAACAACCUGUAAAAUUUGUAACAAUUAUUUGUGAAAAUUUCAUUUCACUACAAACUCUCGUAACACGUGUAACAAUGUUCUAACAACUAUGUAACAACCUUGUAACAUCUAUGUAACCUGAUUUAUUCCGAUUUCUGACCAUUUUAAAGGCCUGUGCUGUAACACUUGUAACAACCUGUAACAUUUGAAACAAACGUGUGUGAAAUUUUCAUUUCACUCCAAACUCUUGUAACACUUGUAACAAUCCUGUAACAAUGCUGUAACAACAUUGUAACAUCUAUGUUACCUUAUUUAUUCCGAUUUCUGGCCAUUUUAAAGGCAAAUUUGUUACAGCUUUGUUACAAGUGUUACAAGAGUUGAGAAUGAAAUGAAAAUUUCAUAGAUAAUUGUUAUAAAUGUGUUACAUUGAUGUUACGUACAUGCUACUUAGAGUUAUUCUUUUGACAUAUUAGGAGUGUUUCAUUAAAUUGUGCCUAUUUUGUGCCCUAUCUCAUCAUUUUGAUAUGUUUCAUAAAAUGUUGCAUGAUAGAAACAAAGUUGAUAAAGUGGUUGGUCAAAGCGAAUUAGUGUAGAGUAAGUCGGGAAUUUCAAAAAUCAAUAAGGACACUUAUUCGAGAACAAAAUAUUAUAUCUCAUCAUAGAAAUGUGCUUACUAAAAUAAUCACUUUCCACUUUAUCAACUUUGUUUCGAUCAUGCAACAUUUUAUAAAACAUAUCAAAAUGAUACAUGACUAUAGUUUAUUUGAAUGUUUGAAAUAGUAGUUCUAAUGCAAAAUGUGCCAGUUGAAGUCAAUUUCUAUUUAACGGUCAUUUAGCAGUAUUUUUAUGACAUUUUUCACUAUCAAUUAUUGGUUUAUGACAAUUAUAAUAGUGAAUGUUUAGAUAUGAAGCCAAUUCAGCUUAUCUUGUAACGAAAAGGAUAAUUAUGUUUCUUUAAUCAAUAAACAUUAACUUUG